CACCGACGCGACAUGAACCGUCAGCAGCUUCCGCAGCCGCAGCCUUGUUAGCCUCGGAAACCAAACUCGCAAAACGUCAAAAUGGCUACAUAGAGGACGCACGUGCAGGUUGUAGUUUUUUUGUUAAUUGCGACGAAUCGAAUCAUGCUAUAGAGACAGACAAAAAGGUCGCCCUGAAGAGACAGCCACGUGACAGUAACAAUAACUAAACAAGUCCCUUAAGCUUUGGCCCUUUAGCCAUCCGAUGGCAGCAGUUUUGUUCCCACGUUCUUCUGUUAUUUAAACAAUAUUGAAAAAAGCAAUAAGAAGAAAGAAUAUUGUGUUGCUGCCAGCAUUAGACGAGUGCCAACUGAAGCUGCCACCACCAAGCAACGCCGACAACAAAACGUAGCGUUAAAUAAAAGACAACAAAAACACAAUAACAAUCAAAUGCAUAAUGAUGAUGGAUUGUCUGUUUUGUUGCAAUCUGUGUGCAAAGCGAAAACAAGAGUCACAACAACAGCAACAACAGCAACAACAGCAACAUCAACUACAACAAUAUCAGCAGUAACAACAAUCUCGGGUUCGCGGAACUCAACGUGCGAGUGCAAGCUGCACUAAAAAAAGAAAGAAUGUAUUUGGACUCCCAAAGAGGCAAUACAUAUUGAAGCUAUGCCUUUUUGUCCAACAGCCAAAAGUUGGACUAAAACGAUAAUUAAUUAAAUAUAUUUAAUUGUCUAAGAUAUUAUAAAUAAAGAAAGCAAACUGGCGUCGUUCAAGCGGAAUAACGACAAUAUUUGCAAUUACAAUAGCAAUAUAAUGUGGAGUAGUACAAUAUCGCCAACAAAUUCUAAGAAGCUAUUGAUCGGUAGUACAAGAAGCGUUGAUUAUGUCGGUGAUAGUGCGAAAACAACAACAGCAACAGCAACAGCAACAGCAGCAGCAGGACUAUUCAAUAAUAAAACAGCAGGAGCAGCUAUUAAAGGAGCAACAGCGAAAUCGCAACAAAAGGCAGCAGCAGCAACAGCAACAACAACAACAACACCAGCAAAAACAACAAAAAUCUCAAUUGAAAUGGAGAUACAUAUACAAAACAAGUGCAUUUCGGCAUAGCGUAUCACUCUGGAGGGUGGUGCGGAGCCCCCAUGGCUGCAGGGCCCCCUUAAAGCAGCAUUUUUGGGGGCUUCUGGCGUCGGCAAAACAAGCAUACUACAGCAAUUUUUUUACCAUGACUUCCCCAAGACUCAUCAAACGACAACUCAUCGCAAAAUUUAUAAAAACUGUUUGGUCUGCGACACCUGCAUACGGGAGCUGAUGGUACUGGACGUUCCUCCCCAGAAGCGAUUUCCAGCUGACAACUUUGCUGAAUGGAAUAAUGGACAUCCGCUGGGGCUGCGAACAGUGCACGCCUAUGUGUUAGUCUAUGACAUGGGUAAUCUGGAAACGUUUCAGUACUGCCGCUCCAUAAGAGAUCAAAUCUUGGAUAGUUUCAGUCAUCGUGAUUUUAGCAUAAUUGUGGUGGGCAAUAAAUAUGAUAAUGUCUCUGAGGCGCAGGCUAACUCGCAGGAGCUUAAAGACAUUUCUACGCUGGUGCGUAAGCAUUGGCGUUGUGGAUACGUAGAGUGCUCGGCACAAUACAACUACAAAAUCGGCGACGUUUUUCGAGAGCUAAUGGGCUGUAGCAGCGGAGGCGUCAAUGGCGCAGCUGUCGGCGUUCUUGUUGGCACUGAAUUCUCACAAUCAACUAGGAAUAAAGGACGCUGUACAAUACUGUAGCAAAUGCUGCAUUCGUUUUUUAAGCAAACACUUUAUUCGAACGCAUAAUACCCAAGUGAGUUUGUUUUUUGUACCCUCAACCUUUUGAAAAUGGCUGAAAAGGAUAUAAUGUUAAUGUGCGAACGUAAGCAACAGGCAGAAAGUAUAAUCUUGAUCAGGACGAGGAGCUGAGUUCAUCUGGGCUGUAUGUGUGUCCAUCUGAAUGCAGCGAAUGCAGUAACUGAAGCAGCUUGAAAUAUAUAUUCUUUGCAUACAGUACAAAUAUUUUUUUCGAAAUCUUUUACCACUAGAA